ACAAUAAUAUCAUAGUACUAUGUCUAUGUGUGUAUAUCUAUAUAUAUAAAUAUUUUAACAAUCAUAGAAUACAAAGUCGACGUCCUCCUAAAUUCACGAUGUUCUCUUCUCAAUAUUAUAUCAUCAUCAUCCUCUUUCUCUCUCUCUCCCUCUAACAUGUAUAUAUAUAAUAGCCACCACCAAUACCAUGAUCACCCCUCCAAACCCAAAAAACUUCAACCUAAAACUACUCUUUCUUCAACCUCUCAACUCCUUCAUUCUCAAACUACACAUAUACAAACAGUUUAUACAUACAUAUAUAUUUAUAGCAAGAUGGUAGGGCCAUCACUGACGACCCAGAUACGGACCAGGAAAACCAAGGCUGUAGGGAUUCCCACCAUUAAUUUUUCUCUCAACCGGUCAAAGCUAUCUGGUUUACUGGUGAAGGCGUGCGAAGAGUAUGGAUUUUUCAAGGUCGUUAACCAUCGUGUCCCCGACGAGACCACGGCUAGAUUAGAGAAGGAAGCUGUUGAUUUCUUUGGCCGACCAGCUAUGGAGAAGGAGCGAGCUGGCCCUGCAAGUCCUUUCGGCUAUGGCUGUAAGAACAUCGGCUUUAAUGGCGAUGUUGGUGAGCUCGAAUACCUUCUUCUUCACACAAAUCCUUCCUCCGUCGCUGAAAGAUCUCAGGCUAUCUCCUCCGACCCUCUCAAAUUCAGCUGUGUGGUGAAUGAUUACAUAGAGGCUGUAAGGGAGCUCGCGUGUGAGAUUCUUGAUCUGCUAGGGGAGGGUCUACGUGUACCCGACUCACACGUGUUCAGCAAACUCAUCAGGGACGUCCACAGCGACUCCCUUCUCAGACUCAAUCAUUAUCCUGCCCUCCAAUUCCCAGGUCGUGGGGACCCACGUCAACAAGUAGGGUUCGGGGAGCAUUCUGACCCUCAGAUCUUAACCAUUCUCCGAUCCAACGACGUAGCGGGCCUUCAAAUUUGUUCACCUGACGGGUUGUGGGUCCCCGUUCCCCCUGACCCCACAGCCUUCUACGUCAUCGUCGGCGACGCCCUACAGGUUUUAACAAACGGGAGGUUUUCAAGCGUGAGACACAGAGCAAUGGUCAACUCAAGAACUUCAAGAAUGUCAACGAUGUUCUUCGGGGCGCCGCCGUUAAAUGCAUGGAUAACCGCCGUGCCGGAACUUGUAUCGACUCAAAAUCCGUCUCUCUACAAACCAUUCACGUGGUGUGAAUACAAAAAAGCAACUUACUCUUUGCGACUUGGAGAUUGCAGGUUGAAUCACUUCAGAAUUCAUUAGUAUCUACCACCUCCAUGGAUCGCACGGAUAUAUAACAACUUAUAUAUAUAUAUAUAUAUAUAUCUAAUUUAUAUAUAAUACCCAUU